CAGUUGGUCAGUUUGCUUGCGAAUUUUUUGUGAAAACAGUUUGCGAAGAUUUCCCUACAGAUGAAAGUACAGUAAGGAAUUGAUAUUACGCGCUGGAAAAAAAACACUGGACUAAACAAUGGAGAAAACGGAGGAUGGGAAUAAAGAACAAAAGGACGAAAUCAAGACAAGUUCUAAGAAUUUCCCAAAAGAAAAUGACGAAGAUGUUAGAACGAGAGGAAAUGAAAACGAAGAUUGUCAGCAGGAAGAUGGAAACAAAACAAAAUCAGAUGAAGAUAAAACAAAAAUUAUUAUGACAGAACAAUCCUUUGAAGAAACAGACUUAAACGAUAUGGAAUCAAAAAAUUACGACACUAAGGCAGAAGUGGAAAACAUUGAAAAACUUGAGGAGCAAAAAUCUGACGUUUCAGAGAAAGUCGAUGUGGAGGAAACUGAAAACGGAGAUUGUCAGCAAGAGAAUGAAAACGAAACAACAUCAGCUGAAGAUGAGAGAAAAAUUACCAUGACAGAACACCUCGUGGAAGAAACGGAUAAAGAAAAACCCGAACAAACUGCGAGUAAAGAUCAAUCCCCAGACGCUUUAGCAACAUCCGGUGCCCUGUUUAAAUUAUGUAAUGAAUUAAAUUUAAAACCUGAUUCAAAGUUUACUUUAAAACACGCACGAACAAUUGAUAAUCACACACUUACUGAUGAAAAGCUAAAAUCCCCUGAGCAAAUACCUGAGUAUAUUUUUAAAACAAUAUUGAUGGCUAAUUACCAUGUGCGCAAAUUUAAAAUAACCCAGGAUAUAAGCAGAACUAAACAAAGCGAAGAUUCCGAUGACAGCGAAGAUGAGGACGAAGGAGUGAACCCAAUGGAUGCAUUGCUUUGUAUUUUUUAUUUCUCGGAUGAUUCUUUGCGGCGUUAUCUUGCCUUAAAAUUAGCGACAUGUCAACUUAGUAUUCCGUUUCUUUUGCCUGAUCCAAAAAUGCCAUCUGAAAAUGUUACAAUGCUGCUGUCGUCCGUAGAGGGCAUCACGAAAUCUUGGAAAGAUUCUCCCGAAAUUUUUGUAACAGAAUAUCCAUUUCCAGUGGUUUCUUUCAUUCGCAUUGGCAAAGUCACAACAUCGAAAUCAUCCUUGAUCAACAAAAUUAUGAGUGAUGGAAGCAAUCAUCAUGACUUCUUCUUCCACAAAGACAUGGAAGGUGGGCAUUUUGAGAGAAAAAUAGUCGAUGGAUUGGUUGAGAUGAGCUGGUAUCUUCCUGGAGAAAGUGAGAAACAAACAUGCCAAAAUGAAAUUUGUUUUAUGAAUCUACGAGGAGACGCAGGGGUUUUAAAGAAGCAACGAAAUGUCCUUUCAAAGAUCUCAUCUGUUUUAUGCAUUUUAAUACCUUCGGAGUAUCCAGACGAGACCAGUAGGAAGAUACUGGAAGAGGCGAUGGAUGACAAAGCAAAAAUCAUUCUCAUUUUCCUUGAGAAACCAGGGCAAGAAGCAAAACAGUAUUUCAAACUGCUGGAAGGCGAAAAGUUAGCUUCAAUAACCAGAUCCAAGCGAGCCAAUGAACACGAAUUUGUAAAAAUUAUACAAGAAAAAGUUAUAGGAAAGCUACAAGAUAUUCAAACAACGCCUCUAAGAAACUUGGCAUCUCUUGCAAGUGAACAUUGCAUCAAUUAUAACAUCGGUCAAACACAAACCAAAUUUGAAGAAAACGUUGACAAAUGGUUGAAAAUCGGAAUAAAAGAAGCCAAAGACCAUUUGAAAUUACAAUUGCACGUCCCAGUAUUGGCGGACCUGGAAAGAGAAAAAUAUCGACCCAGAGGCCGGGGUACCAAAUCUCUUAAAGAUGAUAUGGACAAAAUAUAUAAAAAAAUUAAAAAUGAAAAUAAAAACCAAAAGAAAUCGUUUAAACAACUGGAUCGGCGAUUUCUUGACUUUCUUGAUUUUCUUUCAAAGAUGAAUGUGACUGAACGAGUUAAAGCGUUGUGUAGGUUGAAGCAUCAGUUGAAUAAGAUGUCUCUCCGUGUUAUGGCAGAAUUGCAUGGCGAAGAUCAGAAAAAACAGGCAGCAACGUCCCAGGAGUUAAAAGAAAAACGCUUAAAACAUUCCCGAGAGAAAUCCAGAUCCUCGUUUGGUUUAGAGCACAUCAUCAGAGAACUUGCCCAGCUCUACCAACUUCGAGAAAGCAAAUACGACUUUGCAGAUGUCGCAGCAGAGAUGUUGCUUUCAGGACAAUCUCUUGAGUUAGUAGAUGGUGAUUCCUCGUACAUUCCACUGCGAUGGUUUGAAGCUGUAUAUACUAAGCUAGAGAAAAAAACAAAAAACGCUACAAUAUUUGUAAUUUCUGUUCUAGGUAUUCAAAGUUCAGGUAAGUCCACAAUGUUAAACACAAUGUUUGGUUUAGAAUUUCCAGUCAGUGUAGGAAGGUGUACUCGCGGCGCUUUUGUUAGCCUCAUUCCUGUCAGUGAUUCACUGAAGAUUGCUUCAAAGUUUGAUUAUGUUUUAAUCGUUGACACUGAAGGUCUUUCAGGAUCUGGAGAUCCUAAGGUACGAGAACAUGACAAUGAAUUGGCAACUUUUGUUAUUGGUGUCGCCGACUUGACCAUAGUUAAUAUCAUGGGCGAAAAUCACAAUGAAAUAAAAGAAUUCUUGGAGAUUUCCAUGCAUGCUUUCCUGAAGAUGAAACUUGUGAAAGAGAAAAGGAUAUGCAAAAUUGUUCACCAGAACGUUGCUGCGACCGACGCAAGAGACAAGUUGACCGAUGACCGUUUAAAACUGAAGAAAGAUCUCGAUAAAAUGGCAAAACUAGCUGCUAUUCAAGAAAAUUGUGAAGAAGAAAUCCAAAAAUUGGAUGAUAUAAUAUCAUUCAAUGAAAAUGAAGACGUGUUUUAUAUACCAAGCCUACUUCAAGGUAAUCCCCCAAUGGCUCCAGUAAACCCUAACUAUGGAAGAGCCAUUCAAAAGGUAAAGGAAAGUAUUAUCAGCUUGAUAUCUUCGAAACAUGGUUUUCAACUUUCGAUUGCUCAGUUUCGAGAGAGGGUCUGCAACCUUUGGAAUGCAAUGCUGAAGGAAAAUUUCAUUUUUAAUUUCCGUAAUGUAAUUGAAGUUAGAGCCUAUGCGGCUUUAGACCGAAAAUACUUCGAAGAAUCAGUGAAUUUGAUGGUGACAGGAAUGACGGAGCUGAAAACAAGAAUUGAAGUGGCUCUAAGCAGAUGCACAACACGAGAAGAACGUGAGAAGGAAUGGAAGGAAAGUAGAAAACAGAUAUGGAGUGAAGCAGCAAACCUUGCAAAAAAAAUGGAAAGAGUUAUGAAACGCUUCUUUGAAGAAAACGAAGAUAAAGCAACUCUUGAGCAGUGGAGGGAAAACACUAUGUUGAAAAUCAAACAAAUGGAAGAGAAUCAAAAAUUAGAAGUCACUACCUAUUGUUCAGAAGCUUUUCGUUAUUUACAAAAUCGUCAAGACGUCGAUGAAAAGAAGCAAAGCUUUGAGAAAGAGAUCCUUCACAAGGCAAAAAAAUUCAUAACUUCAGCUCAAAAUACUGAUGAUGCAAAGAAAUGCUUAGCGGCUUUCGAACAAGAAUGGGAGAAAUGGAUGGCAGAAAUUCCACAUUAUCAGGAAAGCAAAACUGACGUCGCUGACGUAAUGGUAAAUGUUCUUUGCGAAACUAACCCUGCUCUGAAUGCAGAAAUGACAGAGAAGAUAAAAAGCCAAAAUUACAAAAUAUUAAACUUCAAAAAAAGUCCGGUGCUACGAUACACUUCCAGUUCACUUGUUCAAAGGAGCGUCCAAACAAUGGCCAAAUUCUUUAACUUGUUUAAUAAACAACAAGAUUCUUCAGGAAGAAACAUCAAUGAUCAAGCAGUUGAUUGCGCACUUGAUUUCGCGGAAAAAAAAGCAAAAUCAGGAGUUCGAUGUACUCGCAAUGACCUUAUAGAAAUGUACCAAAAAGUUAUAACAACCUUGGACAAAGAGGCAGAAAAAUCUUGCUUUAAAUUCGACGAUUUGUUUAAAUGUGAUAUCCUGCUUUAUGCAUUUGCACAUACUUACGACAUUUUUGAAAAAAUGGAACAACGCUAUUUGGAAGAACGAAAUAUAAAAGGCGACCUUGAAAAGAACCUGCGACCAAGGUUAGAAACGUAUUUCAAAAAUCUCUGCGAUAAAAUGGGAAAGGAAAUGUCGGCUGCUACCUCCUUUGUGGAUGUACUUCGAACACCAAUUGAAUCAGCGCUGAACCGCGCCAUGGGUCCCGCAGUAGCAAAAGAAGUCUUGAAAGUUAGCAAGUUUCAGAGUAAAGGUCAAUUUCAUGCCAGUGUAUUGAUUGAACUCGGCAAAGAGGCAGAGUUUAAAUCGUACAUUCCUUAUCUUCAAAAUCCAGUUAAAUUUCUAAGGGCUAAAUUAAUGGAAUCAAUUGAAGACUAUUGCAUAAAUGAAAAUCCUGACUCCAUCAUCUCAGUUCUCAGAAAAGAAGUCGACAAGUUAAAAGAAGAUGUUUCGACUGGUAUUUCAUCUGCUAAGGAAGAAACAGAGAAUCAUGGUGAAAAACUGACCUUUUGGAUCCAGCAAUUCGUGUCGAAGUGUUCUUCGUUGGCCAUCACAAAAGAAAUGUUUGCCGUGGCCGCAAUUGAUGACGAUCUGAAAGACAUUGAUGUGUUCGAAACCCAAGUUGAGGAAAAGAUAAAUGAUUUUUUUGUAUCGUUAAUAGAGCGUGGAAUAGAUGAUUUCAUUAUGAGGGAAUGGGACCCAUCCCCGCACGAUCACUUGUUCUCUUCGAUAUUUGGUUGUCAAAGUUGUUGUCCAUUUUGCAAAGGUUUGUGCGAUCAAACCAAUCAAAAUCAUCCUGGUAGUCACUCUACAAGAAUUCAUCGCGCACAGGGAUUGAGUGGUUAUCACAGUGUCGACACAAAAAUAUUGCGUAGUACCAUUUGCACUAACGAUGUCGCUAAUGAAAAAAGACGUUUUCGAAACAAGGAAACAGCCGGGGAAUGGCAUUAUUACAAAGAUUAUCAAUCGGUGAAUGAUUAUUAUAAAUCGUGGCAAAUUCCUGGAGAUGAAUCAUUUGAGUUAUCUAAAUAUUGGCAGUGGUUCAUGGCUAACUUCUCGGAAGAAUUGGCAAAUUUCUAUGAGGUUGAAAAACCAAAAAUCCCAUCAACAUGGCAUGAUCGUACAUUCGAAGAAGUGGAACAUGAUCUUCGUCAGGAAUACAACAUGCUGCUGGUUGUGAAUGAACCAAGUCAGCCAACAGAGCCCAGUAGUCCCUAA